ACGGCCGUAAAAAAGGCGGUGAGGAGAGAAAAAGUAGAGAGAGAAAGAAAGAAAGAGGUUCUCUCAUCAGUUUCUCCACACAACACAUCAUCGUGAAUCGAUCGAUCUCUUUCUCCUCUCUCUUUCUCUCUGCUCAGCGAUUCCAAUACAAAACUCCAAUCACAGCUCUUCCAUAUAUUUUCGGACCAUAUGCUCUCGUUUCUCCGAUAUUCCAAACCCAAUCCCCCCCAAAUAUUCGAAGCUUCAUCGGAGAAAAAUUUGAAAACAAACCCAUAAAAUUGUGAUGAGUUUUAUGUGUUUCUAUAUAUAAGUUAGGGUUUUCUAGAAAUGGGUUUGGAAGAUUCUGAUCUUCUCGAUGAUGACGAUUGCGUGGACAAGGCUUCGCCUGUGUCGUGCUCGAUUUGCCUUGACGCUGUGACCGAUAAUGGGGAUAGAUCCUGGGCAAAGCUUCAAUGCGGACAUCAAUUUCAUCUGGAUUGCAUUGGUUCUGCAUUUAAUAUAAAAGGAGCAAUGCAAUGCCCCAACUGUCGGAAAAUUGAGAAGGGUCUAUGGCUUUAUGCAAGUGGUUGCCGUCCACUUCCCGAGUUUAGCAUGGAUGACUGGGCCCAUGAUGAGGAUCUUUAUGAUCUAAGCUACUCAGAGAUGUCUUUCGGAGUUCACUGGUGUCCGUUCAGUGGAUUAACCCGACUUCCUUCUUUCGACGAAGGGGAAUUUUCAUCAACUGCUUAUCAUGAUCUUCUUGGACAACAUGCUAUCUUUGCUGAGCAGACGGCUGUCUCAUCUGCUACUCAUCCUUGCCCAUAUAUCGCUUACUUAGGACCAAUUCACCCCUCCUCAUCAAAUUCUGGUGGGAGCGUGUCAGAUGGUUCUCAUUUCAAUAAUCACUGGAAUGGGCCAGCCGUUCCAAGUGAGUUGCCUGCUUCUUAUGCUUUUCCUGCCAUGGACGUCCAAUAUCACAGUUGGGAGCACCAUUCCUCUCCCUUCCCAACAUCGAGCAGUCGUGUUGGCGGUGUUGAUCAGCCCUCAAUUCCAUCUGUGACCCACAGGGCAGCUAGGCCGAAUUCAGAUAUACCAAGAUCGGGAUCUUUUAUGCAUCCAUUUGUCAUGGGUCACAAUUCUGCUGCCAGAGCAGGGAGCUCGAUACCAUCAUCCAUGAUUCCUCCUCACCCUGGCAGUGUUGCUCGUGCCCGUGACCGUGUCCAAGCUCUCCAGGCAUACUUUCAACAACCGAGCAAUUCACCAGCUAUACGAACUCCUGUCUCACGGAGAUCUAGCAAUCAUCGGGGCAUGGCCCAAGUUGGGCCUGUUGCCACCUCAUCUUCAGAUCAAACAGGCGGUUUCUACUUCUUCCCUUCAGCUUCAUCCGGUCGAAACUUCCAAGAAGCCGAAAAUCCCAUCUCGAAUCGCUUCCAUGCAUGGGAAAGAGACCGCUCGACUUCGUUUCCAAUGAACCAAGCUGAUAGAGAUCCGGUUUGGGGCCCAUUUCAUCAGGCAGCGGGCGGGUCUGAUACCGUAGUCAGGCCCACGGGAUUUCGCCAGAGGCACGGAUCCGAGAGGAUGCCACCACAAAAUCGGUCAUAGAGACUUGUUUCAGUUUUUCGUGAAGAAAAAACCACGGACACUAUGACUCUGACAAAAAAUUAUGUAUGUUUUAAUGAUGUAUAACUGCUUGGCACCUGUUGGCCUUGACUGGCUCGAAAAGUACUGUGGCGUGGCACUGAAAUUAUGUGUUUUUCCGUAGCCACGCGCAGGCCGUGUGUUGGACUGGCUUUCUCUGGUUUCUUUGCCCUGGGGAUAUAAAAUAAGAUUUGCAUGUUUGAUGGGAGAAA